AUGGCUACACCUUCACCAUCGAUAGCAGGGAAGGGCAUACUCUUUGUCACAUCGAAGAUUUCGAGACCUGAUAUUCUUGAUGUACCAACCUAUAUAAAAUGGUACGAAGAGGAUCAUAUCGCCGAGGUUGUCGAAACGAGCGGCAUCAACUCGGCGCGACGAUUUGUUCACGUGGACCCCGAGGCAGAAAAGCCGUAUCUGGCCAUGUACGCCCUAGAUGACCUUGCUUUUCUUCUCAGUGACGAAUUUCGCAAAAUUCGCGUUCAGAGCAAUAUACUCCCCAGCCCCGGCAUCAUCUACGAUUUGGCUGAUGUGGACGUCCGUUACGACAACCUGGUCCAUGUAUAUGACAAGACCCAAAAGGGGAGAGGAGCCGCCAAAGCCCUGGUAGUUGUUGCUUCCCGGUUGAAGGAAGGUGUUUCAUCACAGGACCUGGACCGAUGGUACCGUGAAGAGCAUUGCGAUUUGCUCUCCAAGAACAAGAGAUAUCUGCGAACUACCCGCUUCAAGCUCGCCUACGCGCGAACAAACGCGCAGUCGAGGGUGCUCAAGGGCCUGGCGGCUUCCACAGACGAACUCCCGCCGGAUCCUCCAACUUGGCUCGCGCUCCACGAGUUUGAAUGCGACCCUGACGAGUUGGACGUGCCGGGGCUGCGGCAGCUUACGGCAAGCCCGUUGACGGAAAAAGUUCUUUCUGAAUUGGACGUGCAUGAAGUAAAUAUAUAUCGCCUUGCGAAUGAAUUCGGGAAUAAGGAUUGGUUUCAUGGCGUGGAUAUGUAG